AUGAUUAAAAGCAACACGACCAUCGACCCAACGCAGUCCCCCAUUGUUUUUGUUGUGAGCGGCGUCUGGGAGAAAAUCAGCGACGUAAACGUCGUCCAGCACAUUAAGAGACACAACAUCGUGCUCAAAAGAGAGCUGGGAGAAGGAGCCUUUGGAAAAGUCUUCCUGGCUGAGUGUUACAACCUCUCACCUGACCAAGAGAAGAUACUGGUGGCUGUCAAGACACUUAAAGAGGCCAGUGAAAAUGCCAGGAAGGAUUUCCACCGUGAGGCUGAGUUACUGACAAACCUUCAGCAUGAACACAUUGUCACUUUCUACGGAGUCUGCGUGGAGAGCGACCCCCUCAUCAUGGUGUUUGAGUACAUGAAACAUGGUGACCUCAACAAGUUCCUCAGGGCUCACGGUCCGGAUGCAGUUCUGAUGUCCGAGGGCCAGAACACCAGACCUGUGGAGCUGACGCAGUCCCAGAUGUUACACAUCGCACAGCAGAUCGCAUCCGGCAUGGUCUACCUGGCAUCACAACACUUUGUGCACCGUGACUUGGCCACCAGGAAUUGUUUGGUGGGAGAGAACCUGCUGGUAAAGAUUGGAGACUUUGGCAUGUCCAGAGAUGUCUACAGUACGGACUACUACAGGGUCGGAGGUCACACCAUGCUGCCGAUUCGUUGGAUGCCCCCUGAAAGCAUCAUGUACAGAAAGUUCACCACGGAGAGUGAUGUGUGGAGUUUGGGAGUGGUUCUCUGGGAGAUCUUCACGUAUGGAAAACAGCCCUGGUACCAGCUCUCCAAUAAUGAGGUGAUCGAGUGUAUAACCCAGGGCAGGGUGCUGCAGCGCCCCAGGACCUGUCUGAAGGAAGUGUACGACCUGAUGCUGGGCUGCUGGCAGAGAGAGCCGCACAUGAGACUCAACAUCAAAGAAAUCCACUGUCUGCUCCUCAAUCUGGCCAAAGCUUCACCUGUAUACCUGGAUAUACUUGGCUGAACCCAGGAGGAGAGAGGAUGUGUGUGUGUGUGUGUGUGUGUAUGUGUACUUAAGCGUAUAUGUGUAUUUGAGGUUGCAUGCAUGUGUGUGUGUGUGUGUGUGUGUGUGUGUGUGUGUGUGUGUGUGUGUGUGUGUGUG